GGCAUUUGGUAUGCUAAGAAUUUUAUUUUUUUUGUCAAGAGGGGAGGAGGGUGCCCUUUUUUUCCAUUUUGAGCACCUGCCCCCUGAGAGGUCUGUGCACGGCCCUGCGUAAUCCUUUGAUUGAAAUUCACCCUCAAAACAACGUUGAUUACUUUUUCAAAUCCAAUGCAUUUUCCACGUAACGUACAUUCCACGUUCGAGCAGUUUGUGCCCAGUGUUGUCUGUCUGUUCUUCAAGGGUUUCCACUGUCCCCUAGCUCCUCCCUCUCCGUACCUUGUGACAACAACAACUCAUCCAUAGAGCUUAGCGGUCUAGUGGAGCCGCACUUUUCAGCUCAUUCUCCUCCGGUCAUUUCUCCUCCUAUCUGUGAUCAUUGUCUCUCCGUGCUCAGCCCAAACCCUUACUCACCGCGUCUUUUCAGCAAAUCAUUCUACUCCCCAACUCAUCAGAGGAGCUAAACUCCCGUGGAUUAUUUCAUUUGGAAAUUCUCGACAGCUGCACUUUUUUUUCCUGCAGGACUGGGUUUUCUACUUUGAACUUACUCUUCUUCCCCUAGGUGACCAUGGCCGUACCGGCUGCUCUGAUCCCGCCAACCCCUCUGGUCCAGCCGCAUUCGAUCUCUACUCCUUCUGCGACCACCUCCCCGCCGUCGACAACUUCUCCCCGGUCUCCCUCAAUGGCCCCGUCCGGACAGAACCUGUUCCGCUCGGAGCUCCUCGGCACCAGUAGCCCCGGCAUCCUGACCCCGACUGGGGCUCUGCCCAGCAAGCCAGUAUACUUGACUCCGUCGCCUGUUGAGAACACCCCGCAGAACAACGAGUGUAAAAUGGUGGAGUUGCGGGGGGCGAAGGUGGCGUCUUUCACCGUGGACGGGUGCGAACUCAUCUGCCUGCCCCAGGCUUUCGAUCUGUUUCUGAAGCACCUGGUCGGAGGACUGCACACCGUGUACACCAAGCUGAAGAGACUGGAGAUCACGCCGGUGGUCUGCAAUGUGGAGCAGGUCCGCAUCCUGCGAGGUUUAGGGGCCAUCCAGCCAGGAGUCAACCGCUGCAAACUAAUCUCCAGGAAAGACUUCGAGACUCUGUACAACGACUGCACCAAUGCCAGCUCCAGACCGGGCAGACCUCCUAAGAGGAGCCAGAGUGUGACAUCACCAGAGAACCCACACAUCAUGCCACACUCUGUCCCCGGCCUCAUGUCCCCUGGAACAUUCCCAUCCUCAGGGCUGACAGCAGCGGCGGCGGCAGCUGCCAACGCGGCCAUCGCCGAGGCCAUGAAGGUGAAGAAGAUCAAGCUGGAGGUGAUGAGCAGCUACCACAGCAACGCCAACCAGCAUGGGGCCGAUGGCGAGAACGGAGAUCUCAGCUCCAGCGUGGGUUUGGAACUGCCCUUCAUGAUGAUGCCCCACCCCCUGAUCCCUGUUAGCUUGCCCCCUGCUUCUGUUUCCAUGGCAAUGAGCCAGAUGAACCACCUCAGCACCAUCGCCAACAUGGCCGCCGCCGCACAGCAGCAGAGCCUGCCCUGCAGAAUGGUCACCUCAGUCAUCAAAGAGCGUGUCCCAGACAGUCCCUCCCCCGCCCCUUCCUUAGAGGACGGCAGGAGGCCCGGCAGCCACCCAUCGUCCCACCGCAGCAGCAGUGUCUCCAGCUCACCGGCCCGCACAGAGAGCUCCUCAGACAGGAUACGUACGUCCCCCUAUUCCCUCCCCAUGCAACGAGUCAGACUGGCUAACUGCGUGUUCAGUUCCGCAACCAUACAUCAGAAUGGUCUUUCUAUGAACCAAAUGAACCAAGCUCUGCUGGGCCUCUCCCCCAGCAUUCUGCCUGGGCCUAAAGAAGGAGACCUGGCCCACGACAUGAGCCACGAAGCAAAGAGGAUGCACAUUCACAAAGAUGACAAUCCAAUGUGCACCCCGACGGCGAGAGACAGCUACGAGAGGCUGUCACUGGCUGGACAAGGUCUACCACCUGGCUUCCCUUCGCCAUUCCUGUUCCCAGACGGCCUGUCAUCUAUUGAGAAUCUCCUCACUAACAUACAGGGCCUGCUGAAGGUGGCAAUUGACAACGCGCGGGCCCAGGAGAAGCAGGUGCAGCUGGAGAAGACGGAGCUGAAGAUGGAGCUGUUCAGGGAAAGAGAGCUCAGGGAGACCCUGGAGAAACAGCUCGCUAUCGAACAGAAGAACAGAGCAAUAAUCCAGAAGCGUUUGAAGAAGGAGAAGAAGGCUAAGAGGAAACUGCAGGAGGCUCUGGAGUAUGAGUCCAAGAGGAGGGAGCAGGCCGAACACUGCAUCAAACAGCCAUCACCCUCAGAGAGCCUGCGCUCAGUCAAUGACUCACUGACCCCAGAGAUGGAGAGUGACCGCAGCACUGGAAGAACAGAUGCUGAGAGGGCAAUACAAGAUGGAAGACUGUUCUUGAAAACCACAGUGAUGUACUGAUAAGAAGAUGAUGAGCUAAAGAAGAGAAACAAUCUGGCGGAGAUUGUCACGAGCCCAGGUGGAUUUCGUAGCAGAAACAGGUCACACUGCGUGUACUGUAGCAGUUCAAUGGAAGUGUGUUUGGCCAAACACCGGAAAAGGGUUGUGUCUGAAUGUAGAAACUAUUUUUCUCACAGAUAUCAACAAUACAUAGUCGCUAAAGCAGGUUUUGUUUAAUUGAGGUUGGUUGUUUAAAAAAAAUCAAUAAUUGCACAGUAAAAAUGUACCAAGGGGUACACUGUUGGAAAUAUCGCAAAGAAAUUCACAGCACUGAAGAUUUUUUCUACUGUAUUUCAACCAGCGACAAAGCUUUGAACAUGAUCAGACUCAGAGGUUGUGUUUUGUAUUUCAAGUUUAAUUCCGAGAUGUAAACAAAAUAUAUAUAACACUUGGAAAGAACCUCUGUGAUUUUUUUAAUUUAUCCGUAUGUUGAUCAAAAGAGACGACUGAGAUUUGAUUUGAAUGUUUUCUAAAUUAGAAGAAAAUACAAUAAAGUUUCCUUUUUACCAUUGUUGUAUAUACCAGAACUGAUGAUAAUGACACACUAACUCACUCUAUCAAAAGCUGAGUUGAUUAAUAUGGUAUGUGUAUAUAAAGUUAAGAGGUGGUAUUGUGUAUGCAGUAUAUCUAUUAGGAAGACAAUACCGACAUUCAUAUGAAUUUAUAGUUUGUUUUUGUUUCAUUUCUGAACCAUCAUUCUUUCAAAUAGCUGCCAUUUUGGUGAAAAAGCAUGCAGGCAUGUAAAUGUUUGUCCUGGAAUUAUGAUAUUUAAUAAAUCCUAUAUUGUGCUGAACAAAUACGUAGGGUUGAUUCACUUAAGCCCAACUGAUUUUGAAAAUGUACUCGAACAUUUUGCUUUUAAAUAAAUAACUUUGGCUGUCAAUGGUAACCCUUUGCAACAGUUAGUAUCACUUUUUAUUGAAACACUUGGGGCCACUUUCCCAGACACAGAUUACCCAUAAUCCAUUUCAAAUGAAAAUCCUUUUUUAGUCCAGGAUAAGGUUUAAUCUUUUGUUCCUAAUGUGUUCAUUUGUAACAUGGACUGGUGAUAAUCGCAUAUUAACACUAGUUAAUGAAUCUCCUCAUUUAAGCCAAUUUAUUCAGAAGUCAAAUUAACAGUUUAAUUCCAAAACACUAUAUGCAGUAACUUCUGAAAUUAUUCAGAACCCUUUACUUUUUCCAAGUAUUUUUAGGUUACAGCUUUAUUCAAAAAAAAAUAAAAAAUUAUUCCCCCUAAUCAAUCUACACACAAUAACCCAUAAUGACAAAGCAACAUUUUUUUUAAAAAUGUUUGCUCAUUUAUUUAUUUUU